GUAGGGCAGGAGACACAUUUCCAGGUACCAAAAUCAUACAAUACAUUUCAGAGAAUUACGGGCCAGACAGAAACACAACAAAAACUUGCCGAAUUCCGGCUGUCAUAAAUCCACACUGUCCUCAAAUAAUGAAUACACGAAAUGUCUGGAUUGCAAGGUGCAGACAGAGAGCACAUAUGCUAAACACACAAUGUAUAUAUUUGCUACAAAAAUAGUUUUUCUUUCAUGAGACAACUGUGGUUGGGCAAGAGGCAAUGAGUGCGGGAUUUCUCGCGAUAAUCCCUGUUGAUUUCGAUCGGGUUAGUGCUGAAUGAUUCUGGAAAGAUGGCGGUCAGCAUCCGAGGCCGUCCGAGCCGAAGCGUUCGGAUGCGAGGUCGGAAUGACAGUGGGGAGGAAAAUGUACCACUCGAUCUUUCCAGAGAUCCUUCAGACAACCUCCGGGAAAUCCUACAGAAUGUUGCCAAGCAACAAGGAGUCUCCAACAUGCGCAAACUCGGUCACCUGAACAACUUCAUAAAGCUUCUCUGCAAGGUCGGCCACUCAGAAGAGAAGCUUGGGUUUACACAUGAAGAGAUCAUAAUUUGUCUCCGGUUAGCGCUGUUGAACGAGGCUAAGGAAGUGCGCGCUGCAGGGCUGAGGGCUCUACGCUACCUGAUCAGAGACAGCACUAUUCUCCAGAAGGUCCUCCGUCUUCAGGUGGACUACCUGAUCGCCAGGUGCAUAGACAUCCAGCAAAGCAAUGAGGUGGAGAGGACACAGGCUCUCAGGCUGGUGCGAAAGAUGAUCACUGUGAAUGCACUGCUCUUCCCCUCCUCUGUCACCAACUCCCUCAUUGCCGUGGGCAACGAUGGGCUACAGGAGCGAGACCGCAUGGUUCGCGCCUGUAUUGCCAUCAUCUGUGAACUUGCUGUGAAGAACCCUGUGGUGGUGGCUCAGAGGCGUGGUCUCAGCACCAUUCUGAAGAACGUGAUCGACUGUCAGCUGAGCCGCAUCAACGAGGCACUCAUCACUACCAUCCUACACCUCCUCAACCACCCACACACACGCCAGUAUGUGCACUCGGAUGUGGAGCUCGAGCAAAUCCUGGCCCCUUACACUGACUUCCACUACAGACACAAUGCAGACACGGCAGAGGGGCAGCUCAAGGAAGACAGGGAGGCUCGUUUCCUGGCAAGUAAAAUGUCCAUAGUUGCUUCCUUUCGCUCCUGGUCAGGCAUCAUUAACCUGUGCAAGUCAGGCAACUCUGGAAUCCAGUCUCUUAUUGGCCUGCUCUGUAUACCAAAUAUGGAAGUAAGGAAAGGCUUAUUAGAGGUGAUAUAUGAUAUAUUUCGGCUCCCCAUGCCGGUUGCGACUGCAGACUUUAUUGAAGCACUUAUCAGUGUGGACCCUAGCAGGUUCCAAGACAAUUGGAGGUUAUCAGAUGGCUUUGUGGCUUCUGAAGCAAAAGUUAUCCUUCCACAUCGAGCUCGAUCAAGGCCUGACUUAAUGGAUAAUUACCUGGCGUUGGUACUGUCUGCCUUCAUCAAGAGUGGACUUCUUGAGGGUCUCGUUGAGGUUAUCACAAGCACUGAUGACCCCAUCUCUGUGCGAGCCAUCAUUCUACUGGGAGAACUGCUUCACAUGGCCAACACCAUCCUCCCCCACUCCCACAGCCACCACCUGCACUGUCUACCCACACUCAUCAACAAGGCUGCCUCCUUCGACAUCGCCCAGGAGAAGAGACUACGGGCGAGUGCAGCGGUCAACUACCUGAAACGUUUCCACGAGAAGAAGAAGAGAGGACCCAAACCCAACAGCCUGUACCUGGACCACAUCAUCCGCAAAUCGAAAGCUUCUCACUACUGUAGAGAUCAGCACUUUAGACCACAGAGAGAUAUCUUUGUCAUUAAGGACACUGAGGAUGCUCUUAUGAUGAACCUGAGAGACAGCCACAUCCUCAACCACAAAGAGAACCUGGACUGGAACUGGGUUCUCAUCGCAACAAUAUUGAAGUGGCCAAACGUUAACCUGCGGAGCAAUAAAGAUGAACAAAUGCACAGGUUUGUACGCAGGCUGCUGUUCUUCUAUAAGCCCAGCAGUAAGCUGUACGCCAGCCUGGAGCUGGACCACAGUAAGGCCAGGCAGCUCACUGUGGUAGGAUGUCAGUUCAUCGAGUUCCUCCUGGAGUCUGAGGAGGAUGGGCAGGCAUACCUGGAGGACCUGGUGAAGGACAUAGUCCAAUGGCUCUCCUCUUCCUCGGGGCUCAAGCCUGACCGCGGUCUCCAGAGCAACGGGUUGCUCACCACUCUCAGCCAGCACUACUUCCUGUUCCUGGGCACUCUUUCCUCACACCCGCACGGCGUCAAGAUGCUGGAGAAGUGCAGUGUCUUCCAGUGCCUGUUGAACAUCUGUACUCUGAAAAAUCAGGACCACCUGUUGAAACUCACUGUCUCCAUACUGGACUACAGCCGUGACGGGCUGUCCAGGGUCAUCCUGUCCAAGAUCCUCACUGCUGCCACUGACAACUGCAGGUUGUAUGCCACUAAACACCUGCGAGUGUUGCUUCGUGCCAAUGUGGAGUUCUUCAGUAACUGGGGCAUCGAGCUGCUGGUCACCCAGCUCCACGACCGCAACAAGACCAUCUCCAUGGAGGCGUUGGACAUACUGGAUGAGGCCUGUGAGGACAAGGCAAACCUCCAUGCUCUGAUCCAGAUGAAGCCAGCUCUCACACACCUGGGGGACAAGGGCGUCCUGCUGCUGCUACGGUUCUUGUCCAUUCCAAAGGGCUUCUCCUACCUAAGUGAGAGGGGUUACGUCACCAAGCAGCUAGAGAAAUGGCAGAAGGACUAUAACCUGAAGUAUGUGGACAUGAUAGAGGAGCAGCUGAACGAGGCUCUCACCACGUACCGCAAGCCUGUCGAUGGAGACAACUAUGUACGCCGAAGCAACCAAAGGUUACAGAGGCCAAAUGUUUAUCUUCCUGUUCAUCUGUAUGGCCAGCUUGUCCAUGAUAAGACAGGCUGCCAUCUACUGGAAGUCCAGAAUGUGGUUCCUGACCUAAGUUACACUGUCCGUUCCCCAAUGCUGGACAAGUGGGAGGGCAUCAAACAGCUAAAGGCAGCGCUUUGGGCCUUGGGUAACAUAGGGUCAUCAAACUGGGGGUUGAACCUCUUACAGGAGGAGGGGGUGAUCCCUGACAUAGUGGUUCUGGCCCAGCACUGUGAGGUUCUCUCCAUCAGGGGGACGUGUCUGUACGUGUUGGGGCUGAUCUCAAAGUCACGUCAGGGCUGUGACAUGCUGAAGCAGCACGGCUGGGACGCUGUAAGACACAGCCGGCGGACGCUGUGGCCCGUUGUCCCAGACGACAUGGAGCCCCACCCCAACCCGCCCAGCCUGCUGUCCUCUGUCCCCUCCACCCUCAGCCUCACCUCUGACUCCACCAGCUCUAGACACAACAGUGAGAGUGACUCCACACAGCCCAGUAAGUCUCAGCCCAGUAUGUACAUCAUGGACGAUGAGCGGCUGGAGAACUGUGACCUGUCGGACGAUCCUCCCAUGUACAUGAGACCCAAGUACAAGGACCGCAGCCCCUUCACCCUCCUGGCUUCCAGCCACUUCCGUAACCGCCUCCUCCACUCUCUGUCGCUCUCCGGGAAGAUGCUGCGCAGCACCAGCGACCCUAAGGGCACCACCAGGGACCACGGAGGAGGGAUGGAAGAGGGUCAGGGGCGCAAACGCACCGUUACUGAACCCAGCUACACCUUUGGAUCUUCAGAUGUCUUCCCAAUCUAUAAUGACGGCCACCUGCCCAAAAGCCCCUCUGUCAACCUAGAAACUUCCAUUGUGGGCAGCAAGACCCCUGAAAACCAGGGCAGCACCCCCAACUUUGGUGAGGGAGAUGGGGAAGGGAGGCUGCCAGGCCGGUCAGUGGGGGUAGGAGGGUCAGGGGUGGGGGUGGGGGAGAACCAGAGAGAGCAGACUAGCCGGGAACGCCUGGCCGGGGAUGGCCCGUCCGGAGGGGGCGGGGGGGCUCAGUUUAAAUCGCGCAGUCAGAGCUUCAACACGGACACGACCACCAGCGGCAUCAGCUCUAUGAGCUCCAGCCCCUCCAGGGAGACCCUGCCCUCCACCAUCGACACGGACGGUGUCAGCCUCAACAGUGUGAUCAGCGCCCAGACCAUCCAGACCCUGACCUCCCUCACCCCCCAGCCCCACACCGCCCACCUCUCCUCCCUGUCCAAAUCUAGCUCUACCUCCCUGGUGCCCCCCGGCUCCUCCCACACCCUCCCCCGCCGCGCCCAGUCUCUCAAGUCGCCUUCGUUGACCACCCUGAGCGGCCUGACGGACUGCAGCCUCAUGUACUCCAACUCCCGCGACGCGCUGGGCUACGCCACGCUGAAGUACGCCACUUCCUGUGACACGUACGCCAGUCAGCGUGAUGCGCUGGGCUAUGCUACUCUGAAGAGGCUGCAGCAGCAGAGGAUCCACUCGUCCCUGUCCCACAGCGAGGCUCUGGCCUCCCCAGCCAAAGACGUGCUCUUCACUGAUACCAUCACCAUGAAGACAGGCAGCCUGGACUCCAGACUCACCCCACGGCGGUUCCUGAAGGCUCUGAGUUUUGCCUCCCUGGACAAGGAGGAUCUGCUGAGCCCCAUCAGCCAGAACACUCUGCAGCGGUCCUCCUCAGUGAGAUCCAUGGUGUCCAGCGCCACCUACGGCAGCUCUGAUGACUUCAUCGGCCUGGCGCUGCCAGUGGACAUUAACAACAUGUUCCAGAUAAAAGAAACACCAUAUUUCCUGAAGAGGACCAGCCCUCCCUCUGAGGACAGAUCUGCCAAAUUCUUCUCUGGAGACUCAGAUGGCCCCAGCCCUCACUCCAGACAUGCAGUGCUUCGCUCCCAGCUGAGCAUCACAGAGCUGAUGGGGGUGAGCCGGGCGGAGCAGCAGAAGUUGCUGGGCUCAGAGGAGACGGGUCUACAGGAACACAACGAUGACAACUGCCUCUACUGCACUGGGCUCUCUGUGCUUGGCUUCAGCGCUUCCAAUAGCAGCCCAGACUUGACAGAGGAACCCCCUUUCUCAGAAUGGUGCGGUCCGCCUGUGCAGAACCACCUGGAGGUCAUGGGCCAAACCAAACUGUCAGGGGUUUCCGGGUGCAGUGAUGCUGUGUCUCAGGGCUCCCCAGGAAGCACCCGCAGCACUGAACUGAUUUUGGGAGUGAAGUCCAUUCCAGAGGAAUCGCCAGCCGGCAGGGUUCUCCUCAGGAAGGAGGUCCUGCGUCUCAUGGUCAACCUCAGCUCCUCUGUGGGGAUCAAAGGCCACGAGACUAACCUGCUAACGAUCAAGGAGAAAUUCCCAUAUGCAUUCGAUGACAUCUGUCUCUAUUCUGAGGUGUCUUACCUGCUUGCCCACUGCAUGUUCCGUCUGUCAGCACGCCGCUUCAUCCAGGAGCUCUUUCAAGACGUGCCAUUCAUUCCGAUGUACGAAGAGGCAGAGGCCAUCCUCUCCAAGCCCCCAAAGAAUGGACCGGCCGACCCUCCCACUGAGCCCUGAGUCAACCCUACUGCCCUUCCCUUCUGUCUCACAGCCUGUCAAACCCUGAGUCACCACUACUGAUCUUCCAGUCAACCACAACCCCUAAAGCCUGAAUCACACCCAACCCCCGGAACCUUCAGCUUACCCUCAAACCUCAACCCCCGGAACCUUCAUUUAACCCUCAACCUCAACCCCCAUGACCCUUCAGUUAACCCUCAACCCACACCCCCCUGAACCUUGGACUUUGUAGUCCUCAAACUUCAGUCAACCCACACCCCUGACGUGUGAGACAACCCUAACCCCUCAACCACAAACGCUUGAGUCACUACCAACCACAGCUUUGUAGGGCCUGAGUCACCUUCCACCCCCACAUCCUCCCUUACCUCUCCAUACCAGAGUGCACUCACUGUAUGUCCUCCUGGGAUUUGGACAAAAAUGAAAAUAUGGAGGGAAGAAAUAUGUUCUUCCUAUUGACUAAGUUUUAGAUAUGAUGGAUGAUAACGCAGGAUGAACAAAUAUUCUGUUUUUUUUUAUCUGAUCAAAUGAUGGCAGCCAGCUAUGAGUAUUUUUAACAGAGCUCAUUUUUGGGAAAUUCUUCACAAACUGAGCUUGGAUCACAAUCAAAUCCAAAUGACUUAAAACGGUCCAUCAUUCCUGAGGGCUUCCUCAGUUAUUUUUAAUAUAUGACUGCAUCCCAACCACUGGUGUGAAAUACCACAGCAUGUUGUUUUUGGCUUGGCUUCUCCCAAAGUGGAUCCAUUGACUAAAACACUAAAGAGUAGGGUUCCUCUGCAUAACACUAAAAACUCUCUGCAUCUGGAGAGAGGACCAUGCCAUUGUGAAAAUCAUUGCACCUGAACAAAGAACAGUGAAGGAGAAUAGUGAUAAAUACUUUUGGUAUUGCUCUAUUUAAUGACGGCAGAUACAGGUCAGCCAAAUGAUCAUCAUUCACUGGUGCAGUUUGGUGGUUGUCUCUCUUAUUUGUUGAUGUGCUAAAGAGGAAAUGUUCCUCCUUGCCCUUUGCUGGAUUUGUUUUGUUAUUUUAUUUAGGACUUUGUUUGUCUGUGUUUUUAAGCAUUUAUAUUAAGAACUGAACAACUACAUGUAGGAGUGAAAUCUAUCAAAACAUUGAAUGUCUGUGUGUUUCAGCACAGAAGAGUUAUUAACGGUCAGUUACUCAACUGAUGAUUGAAACUACGGCUGCAUUUAUUUUUGUUUACGACCUAGAAAUUUAAACCCUAAAAUAAAAGUGCAGGGUUGAAACAAGAGAUUUGGUUCUCAUCAAAGUGGAGGAAGACCUAUGACUGCUACCCCUUCUGUCAUACAUUUCUUCAGAACAUGGUUCAUGAAAACAGUCACUAUUUGAUGGCCAUGUAGAGUUGCUGCUUCAUUCCACAGUCAUUCAGUAGCCAUUCCCAUCAGUUUCCAUUCAUUUCUGUCAGUUGCCAUUCCACAGUCGGAAGCCAUUCCUGUCAGUUGCCAUUCCACAGUCGGAAGCCAUUCCUGUCAGUUGCCAUUAAUUCCUGUGUUAGUUGCUGUUCCUUAGACUGUGUCCUUGGGGUCACUGUCUGCUUGUUCUUAAUCCGGUAAAACUGGGGAAUAAUGAAACUGGAGUAAACGUUUUGAAGUGGAGCUCAGGUACUGCCUGAACAUGUCCAAUAAGAACACUCGUUUAAUUGGAAAACUCAGCCACUUCCGGGUCGAAAUCUAGCUACAUGUUUGUAAAAUGACGGUUUAAAACAGUCACUGUACUGUUUUUUUUUUGCUAUGCAAGAUGCCUGUUAAUUGUGAGCCCAAAUGUACAUGUAUAGGUUAUUAACUGGUUUGAUAUAUUUCAGCUUUUGUUUGAAGUUUGUUUAGCUGUUGGCUCAUUGUUUCAUUACUGUUUUAAAGAAGUGGUGGCUACCAUUGUGUGGUCCUUUCCAACAUGAUUCACUUUGACUGAAGAUGGUACUUGCUGCACUGAAUCCUUCAACAUGCACGUAUGACUAUUCUGACAAUGGAAGUGUUUAGGCCUACUGUUGAAAAUGGCCUUGGUUAAGUGAUGAAUUGGUUAGAGAAAUGGACUGGUGAAAAGAGGAUUGGGGUGCACUGCAAUUGCACUUAGCAAUCAACAUGAACUAAGUAUGCAAUUACUACAGAAAAUAUUUUUCUGUAUAAAUGCGUAAUGUUGAAUAGUUAGGUCCUCUGCGAGCAGAGAAUUGUAUAGUUGCAGCCCACAAUGUGCAUAGUGGAUCACUGCUCUAAAUGAAAAAUAAAUGUGGAUAUUUAAUAUCGCAGAUUCCCACUCAACUAUACCUUCAUAUAACCUUAUUUUGCACGUUUGCAUUCUAAGAGACCUCAGUUCACCUUUUCAACAAACUUCAAAAUUCUAAAUAGUGGUUAAAUGUUGUUUUUUGUCAAGUCUACAGUACAUUUCAUAGUCAGACACAUUUGAACAUAAUACUGAUGUUUCAGAUAUAUAUUGAAUAAGGUCAAUUAUUUGGGAACAUAAUUGUACUACUUUCUGUUGGGGACCAAAAAGCUAAACUGAAAAGCCAACAAUUAUUUGUUAUCUGGCAAUUGUUUGAAACAACAGGAAGUAGUAACUUAAAUAUUUAACUUUGUCUACAUUUGAGUGAUUUGAAGUGGACUUUUGCUGAUAAAGCACUGUAAUGGGGAUGUGAAAACAAAGCCUUUAUUGUACCUGGACCGUUUAGGAACAGAGAGACAAAGAUAAGAGAAGUGUUAUUUAUAUUUUUCCUCAAGUGAAAACAUUUUCAAGAAGAUGUAUAUAAGUCUGUGUGUCUCCCCCCAAUUUGUGGUUUUCCUUGUACAGAACUAUGUAUGUUUUUGGCAUUUUAUAUAGGCCAUUAGAAUCAUUCUUAUUAAAGGGAUGCAUUGAUAAUAAAAACAUAAUCUACUCA